UCGGUCACUCGUCCCAUUCCACCGACGGUCGCCGAGCAGCCCACUACGAACGCCGCUCUGCCCUGCAAGUACGACACUAGACCGAACCUCCCCUCGACGUCGCCCUCACACAAGUCCAGUACAUCGUUUUUGGUUCAAGUCUACGCGUACACUGUAGAUAUCAUACGAAAUGGCUAGCCGUUCCGUCUCUGCCGCUGCUUUGCUGGCCGUCGUCGCCACCGCCGCCGUCUUCCAAGCCACGUCCGCUUACGUGAUACCCGAAGUGGUCCUCAUGAGAGUGAAGCGCAAUCCGGAGCCUAUGCGGUCAUUCUCGUUCAGUGGUUUCAAUCCCAACGGGCAGAUGUCCGCUUUCACCGGCCUGGCCGAGUACCCGAUGUUCGGCGGCGGCUACGGACAGCAGCCCAGCCCGUACAACUACGGACCGCAACCGGCCACGCAGGACGCUUACGGGUCGCCGGCGGCCACCCAGGAUUCUUACGGGCCACCGCCAUCGGGCCUCGUGGGACAGCAGGCUCCGGCCGGCGCAGACUCGGCCAACAAACAGCAGUCGCAAGAGUACGGACCACCGAAAUCAGGAUCCGAUUCUAAGGAACAGGGCAACAACAGCGUGGAACAAGGCGACAACAAAAAACAGUACAGAGGUCGCGAUGGUCCGAGCAGCAACGCGGAAGCUUCGUUCAACGCUUGGUUCCCCAUAAUGUUCGGCGUAUUCCCCAACGGCGCCGGUAGCGGCAACGGUCAAUCGGGUAACUCGAUCAACCGCGGUAACCAAGGACAGGGCCAAGGUCAGGAACAAGGUAACUCGUACGGGGGCAACGGUUACGAGAGGUCAUCGGGCACGACAGUGAUUGCGAACAGCGUGAGCAACGGCAGACACGGUGUGGCCACCAGUCACGCGAUCGCUUACGGCAAUCCCAGGUCGUCGCAAUAAUGAACGCGACAAAAUGUUAUUGUUAAGUUAACGAUUUUGUAUAGAACUAAAAAAGCCUUUCUAAUGUUCCACCAUAUAUAUAAAUAUAUUACGAUGUUAGAUACCGUGAAAUAGGUUAACCGCAUAUACCUAUAUAAUAUGUAUACCUAUACUUACAAAAUAUUUUCAAAUUAUAAUUAAUAAAAUAUAAAUGCGUUUACUAAUAAAAAUUGUAUUUAUUAUAUUUUUUUGUGAUAUUUUGUACCGAUUGGCACAAUAAAUCAAUAAAUCAUAUGAACAUACGUAUUUUUUUGAAA